AUGGCCGAUGUGCCCCGCCAAAAAGUCGAGAACCCCGCUGCAGGCGGCGACAAGCACCCCAAUCACCAGCGCAACCCGCUACGGAGAACUGCGGAAAAUCUGUCCCCGCCGAUUUUCAUCGCCCUCUUCGCCCUCCUGGCCAUUUAUAUCCUCUUUUCACCGCCUUCUUCCCACCUUUCACCUCCAGUUGUGCCGGAGCCAAAGUCUACCUUUUCCUCCUCUUCCUCCACUCCCACAUCCCAAGUCAUCCCAGAUCAAAACAACAUCACAAUGUCUUCUACCGAGCAGACCUUCAUCGCUAUCAAGCCCGAUGGUGUCCAGCGUGGCCUCGUUGGUCCCAUCAUCUCCCGCUUCGAGAACCGAGGCUUCAAGCUUGCCGCCAUCAAGCUUGUCACCCCCGGCAAGGAGCACCUCGAGAAGCACUAUGCCGACCUCGCUGGCAAGCCCUUCUUCCCUGGUCUGAUUGAGUACAUGAACUCUGGCCCCAUCUGCGCCAUGGUCUGGGAGGGCCGUGAUGCCGUCAAGACCGGCCGUGUCAUCCUCGGUGCCACCAACCCCCUUGCCUCCGCCCCUGGCACCAUCCGUGGUGACUACGCCAUCGACGUCGGCCGCAACGUCUGCCACGGCUCCGACUCCGUCGAGAACGCCCAGAAGGAGAUUGCUCUCUGGUUCAAGGAGGGUGAGGUCCUCUCCUGGAAGACCUCCCAGUUCGACUGGGUCUACGAGAAGCCUUAG